AUGACGGACAUGGCGCCCCCGCGAUUGAGCGGCACCAUUUGGAAGCGCAACGCUGGCAUCCUACGCGCUUGGCACAGUCGAGCAGCUGUGGUGACAGCUGACGGAUUUUUAUUAUACAAGAAAAAAGUGGACGCAACCAAGACGAAGAAGAUCGACCUGGUCAAAGCGACAUUUGCUGCGACGAUUGCGCAGGCUAGCGGGUAUUACUUCUUCGAGCUGCAAUGCGGGUCGACACAAGUGGCGAUUGGAUUUCCAGCGGUUCAAGAUGCUCGACUGUGGCUGAGCGGCAUGAUGGAGGCAGCAGAUGAAAACAGUGCGGGUCGACGAGCGUGGAUGGCGAAUUUAAGUCGCAUGUUGACGCUCAAGUUGCGUGACCGACGCGAGUUAGUGCCGGCCAUGGCGGACAGGGAUUGGUUCAGCGAGUGGAAUUUCUGUCUGCGAUCGCUGAAGAAUGAUAGAGAACCAAUGGCAGCGCGUCAAAGACGACUGCGACGACUGCAUACGAUUUGGCUCCAAUUCGAGUUAUUCGCCGAAAUUCUGGCGGAGAUUUUCUUCUCGUCAGUGCAGCAGCGAGAUGCACGCGGUCUCGCUCGAAUCGAGUCUUUCGAGCGAGCAGCCAGCGACUUUGCGCUAACUGGGCAGAGACCCGACGUCCCUCAACUAGUAAACGACACCCAAGUGACCCACCCGAGUUUACUCUCGUCAGCUUCCACGUCAUUCUCGUCCACCACAACUUCCCAUCAAGGCACCGACCAGGAUUUCCGAGUGAGCAACAGAUCCGCCAGACGUGACGACGUGGACGAGAUGAAACUCGCGGGGAUUCACUUGCAAUUCGCUUCCAAGAGCUGGCAGGGACACAAGCGAUUGGCCAAAGAAACCGCUUUAUUCGCCAAGUUCCGGUCGCUCAUUGAGCUCUACCUCUCGGAGAGCACGUCGGACAAUGGCAAGCUACCGUCUUCGCUUCGUGCGGUGCUCUCAAAGCUGCCGUCGUUCCCACUGGUGUCUGCGUUCUCCAUCCGAGACGUGAGCGUUGUAGCCAUCGCUGAGCCACUACGAAGCGAGAAAUCAACGCUCGCAACGAUCGAUUACCAUGACCUCGCGGGCUUGAGUAUGGCACUGCGAGAAGCCAAAAUGUUACGGUACUUCCCGUACCAAGAGCUACCGGAGCUCGUCGUUCGACAGUUCCCUGGCAAUGUGGCGCCUACGUUGGUGAGCGUCCACCCUCGGUACGACAAUGUAUUGGUGAGCUCGCUACGGUCUUCGAUGGUUCAUGGAGUGCUGAUCCGUGCGGCUCAUAGUCGCGUUGAGUUGUUGUCUGCGCUUGACGUUGAAGAGCUGGUGGAAGGGAGAGAGCCGCAAUGGAUUCCGUACAUGGAUCUGGUGUACUGUCAGCUGGACAAUGGAGAUUCCCAAGUCGAGAACUUGGCGGUCAAGGACUUUUUACUGCAACGCUCUAGCCAGCGUCUUACGGGCGACGUUGUGGUCACAGUUGAUGCCGAGAAGAGUAAGCUGCUGCUGGAUUUACCCGAAGCUUUCGUGCUCAAGCACGACGUGGACAUUCACCCUCUCGUACGAAAGCUACAAGACAUUAAAAAGAACGCCCAGAUCUUCGCCUUAGCAGCAUCCAGUCCGACUUUUUCAGGACAGUCUCGACCGGUUGACACAAGUGUCCAGGUGGCUCGCGAAUACGAAGAUGCAGUCAAGAAACUCUUCGUCCAGCACAUUAAACAAUUCGCAGCGCAGCUAGUUACACUCGGAGACUCUGCAGACGCCUGUUCGACAGGAAGACCGAGAACGCCGACCUGGAAUCAGGCUCAAAGCUCGUCCCGUGCCCGGCUCACGCGGUCCAAUACGCUGUCCUCGAUACCUCGCCCCGAAGAUUUUUUCUCGUCGGUCCACUCGAUGGAGUUUGAGCCGAGCUCUCAGCCUCGACUACAGCGCAGAAUGUCGUCGUUGAGCUCCAUGGCUCAGACCAUUGGGGCAAGUGGCUCGGCUGAUACCAACUCCGGCACCUACGUCAUCGACACGUUGCAUCUCCGUCAAGUUAUGCGCGAAGGAGGAGUCAACGUGCGCUUCUUCCCGCUGGUUUUCCGGUAUUUAAAUUCUCGAGACCAACUCGGCGUCCAAGUGCUGGUGGCCAGUGAAAUUAUCGCUCGACUGGCCAAGAAUUUGUUCCGAUACCGCAUGCUGAACCAAGAUACCGGUAGUAAAAGUCGCUGGAAGGCCCGAAAGUCUCGUCUGAUCCAGUUCAUCGACUCCAUUAUGCACGGCCUUUUCCAUAAGAACCUCCCCGACGGCCAGUGUGCGAUUCAAGAAUGCUCUGGCGACCAAUUCUGGGACAUCGACGGCCCCAUACUGUACUCUCUAGGGGCCUUUGCGUCGAGUUUCGCGAUGGAUUCAAAGGCGCAGAGCGAAGUGAUCGAGUCCGCGAGCGCGUGCUUGAACAAGUACCGGGACCUACUGAAGGUGAAUCCUCCUAUCCUCUUCAACAGCCUCCUGCAUGUGUUCCAAGCGCGAUUGACCAAAUCGAUCUUACCGGAACUGCACGAAAACCGGUUUGUGUCGGUACCAUUCUUACGAACCGAAGACGACUUGACGUUCAACUACGAAGAAGACGACCCGAAACUUGCUAUGCGGAUCCACCAAGACUUGCUCUGGAGCCACUUGCAGUUCUUUCGCGUCCAAUUUGAAGCCUUGAAACCGGAAUUACCGGUAUUGACCGGUAUGGACCGACAUGGCAAUUUGGAGCGGACGACGUGGACACAGUAUUAUCGCACGCUAUCGCAGAUUUUCCGACAGAGCUUAGCUCACACACAGCCAACGCGCUUGGAGAAGGCGAUCCAGUCAUGGCAGGAUUUAACGUCGGUGCGAACGCACUUGAGUCUGGCCUUACGCGCUGCUGCUGCACCUUCGUAUCAUCCGUCAGGAAGCAGCAAGACGUCUGCUAUCAUUCGAGAACACUGCAGUUUUGCGUACUUGCGAAUGGCUUCAAGUAAAGCUCUCUUCCCGGUCGAAUACAAGCUCGCGUUACGGUGUCUGGAGCUGGUGAGUACCGGUGAAGAACUGGCAAAGGCGAUGGAAGAGUCCGAGGAACUGCUCGAAUGGCUGAGAUUCUUCUACCGACCAGCGAAUCCCUCGCAAUUCGCCAAAGGUUCGUCAUCUCACCCGCGUCACCAAUCUCGACAGUCGUGGAUGUGUGUCAUGCCGAACGUGGACGCCUAUUGUCGUCGCAUUGAAGCCAUGCGUCGAGAUCCCGUGGCUAUAGCAGCGACCAGAGCUGUGUUGUGUGAAAUGGGGGUCGCGUCUCGCCCUAUAAGUCCUUCCAGUAGAGACCACGGCGCUGUUAUGGACGUGUCGUGGGCGGACAAGUACCAGACGUCGUUCAGCUUCAACCCACAGGACACGACCAUGCCGUCAUCCAUGUACUCGUCAAGAGGAGACGCGCUCUGGUUUAUCGAGUGCUUCUUCUUACCUCCACUCGCCAACAAUUCCUCGCUUGUAGCAGGCGAUGCAUUGGUGAAUAACGACGAGAUCUCCAGGCGAAUGACCACUACGCGUCCAGAUAUCGACGAAGGCCCCGUGCCUGGACUAGCGUUAGUUUGGGGUUAUCCACUGGGUUUAUCACUAGACGAAGAAGCUCGCAUCAGCCCUGGCACGUCGACAUUAUCACUUCGGUUAAGUACGGAGAAUUUAUCUGCAGUUCGUAUGGUCUCGUUCCCUCCGCCACUACGUCGAGUUGUCCAGAUCGCGUGUGGAUACCGUCAUACCGCUCUAAUUACCGACGAUCGCCACCUGUAUACCUUUGGACAUGGAGAAUGUGGACGCUUAGGACACGGAACCGAAGAGGAUUGUACCGAUCCGAUACCGGUAGGAUACUUUACGAGUCUUAUCGCUGCUGAAGGUGUGGAGUUUGGUGGCGUUGUCGACGUUUCUUGUGGUCGAGAACACACGAUGGUAGUGACAGGGAACGGAGACUUGUACGGCUUUGGAUGGGGCGAAGCGGGUCGUCUGGGCACUGGAGAAACAGGCAGCAGUUUGUACCCAUCUCGAGUGGACUUGAGGAACAUUGCGGCGGUAGCGUGUGGACGGGAACACACACUGGCGCUUACGAGUAAAGGUCGAGUGUUCGCUUUCGGUGCUGGUUUCGGUGGUCGUCUCGGCAAUGGCUCGGAGACGGAUGAAGAGCUCCCAUUCCUUGUAGAGGGGUUGGAAGAGUACAGCAUUGUCGCGAUUGCUGCCGGGGAAUGUCAUUCGUGUGCUCUAAGUAGAGACGGAGAAGUGUUGACGUGGGGAUUUGGCAGCUCAGGAGCGCUGGGUCACGGUACUCGAGACAACUGUUUGAUACCGACACUCGUGGACGGACCCUGGACAAACCCUAAUGUCGAAACCCUAAUUCAUGACAUCUCCGUCGUGACAUCAGUUGCGUGUGGGAGUUAUCACACGCUGGCCGCAACGAAUGACGGCGUUCUGUACGGCUGGGGCGACGCUGCAGCGGGACAAUUGGGGGCCGAGCACCUCUCAGCACAAGAUUUGGUCGUCCUGUCUCCAAAGGAAAUUCGACUUCCGACGAGCUCAGGGAUCCGUGGAAUCGCCUGUGGGACUUUUACGUCAGCAGUGUGUUCAACGCAAGGGCAACUCUUUAUGUGGGGCUCCCCUGCAGCAGGAAACGGAGCCCCGUUGGAUGUGGAAGACGCGCAUGUCAAGAGAGUCGGCGUCUUGGGAGAGUUCGAGUUUUCCCAAAUUGCAUGCGGAGCGUACCAUGCUGUCGCAAUCACUCGGAAGUUAGAAUAUUGCUAAGUCGUCUUGUACCCAUGCGUUGGUCCUAAUAGAUCCAUCACUUUUAUUUUUCAUAAUUUCUUGAAAAUAGCGACUUGUGACUUACAGAAGAA